CCUCGAAUCUCCUUCCUCUACCUCCUCACUCAAUGCUCCUUGGAAUUUCAUCUCCGUUUUCGGAGGCGUGCUCAAAUCCUACCCUUCUGUGUUAAUGGAUACAUUUUUUAGGCUGCUGCUAGAAUUUCAUUUAUCUUCUCGGUAACGCAACCAGAUCAGGUGGCCAAUGCCCAUGAUACCCAUCUUAACGACGAUUCUCAUUGAUUUCACCUAACUAGUACCCUUUUUCUCGAGCUUUCUUGAAAAUCUAAUAGGGUCCGGAUACCCGUAACGCCUACCUAUCACUUCAUUCAUUUUGGCCUUUGCUGGAAAUUGGUCCCUCUUCCCUCUUUCCUCUUCCUUCUUCCCCUAUAAAUGCGCUUAAGGGCACUUUUAUCGCGAACUCUCAUUACUGCGCUCUAAUUCUUCAAUUCUUCUCGCUCCUUGUCUUCUUUUCUGGUCUGAGUUCAUCAAUGAAGGCCAAAUUUCAAACUCUAUUGCUUAGAAUUAACACCAAGAAAUCUAAUAGUUAUCAUGAUCAAGUCGACUGUUCGUCGACAUGUACCAUCACACCUACGCUAGCACAUUACAUCCCCCCUUCAGACAUAGACACGGUCGUUGAGCCUCUGGAAGAACAUCGACCUUCUCCCGUUCCAUCUAGGCUGACUUUUCUCGCGAUCUGGGAUCCCGAGUCUCAGCGUUACACUCUCCCUUUCAUUCCUCAAGAGCCACUGGGAUGGCACGAAGACGAAGGUUUCUUCGAUACAUGCAAUCUACUAGGACAUCCCGAAUGCGAGCCGUACUUGCACUCUCGCUUCUCCACUUCCACCACCUCAACCUCAAACUAUAUCGAGGUGUCAGAGCCUCAGACGCCACAGGCAUUAAUGCAUGUCAACCCACCAGUUGCGCAACCUGCUCCGGGACACCCCGAAAUAUCACGUCCUUUUCUCCUCCUCCCUUCUCCUCCACGAGAAGAUCAUUCAAGCGUUUCCCUCGUGUCAACCCUCACUCGUAGACCGCUCACCAACCCCCUGACACGUUCACACUUCUCAGGAUAUGGCCGAAAGACUCCUUCCACUUCAUCCCCAACUUCUUGUCCAUCUUCACCAUCUCUUUCACCCCUGGGAUUUCUCAAACGAAAGGUGACUCAGUCUCAGGAGACCGAGGACGCUUGGGUACAUAUAGACGUCGAGAGCGUCAUUCGUGAACGCGUCAUUCAUAUUUGACUUGGGAUAUUGUAUAUUGGGAUAUUGGGUGCGCCUUGAGGAGCGUACUGUUGGUGACGGAAGGCACGGACCGUGAUUGUUAAUUAUAAAUCUUGUGUGAUCGGCGUUGUAACCUUCUUUUCUUCCUUUCUGUACGAACUUCAUAAUUAAUGUAUAUCGUGCGCUUUCCGCGUGUACCUUGUAACCUCAUUUCUUCCUGUGGAUGCUAGUUCGAUUCUCUAGAUCAUGGACGCUUUGUAGCUGUGAAAAUAAGUAGAUAGAAAGGAAAUCGACAUCACUUGCGACG